AUGCUGAGCAGCGUUUUUUCCCUUGCCAAGCGCAUCAAUGUCGCGAUCACAGCAUCGACGACUGCAGCCGAGGCGGCUGAGAUGCAGCGAGAUCCAUGGUCGAAGUCGGCAAAAUAUGGGGUAGGAUUUGUCUAUUUCGCCGUCGUACUACUGAUAAUCACGACCUUUGUCCGAUGCUGGCAUAAAUGGGGCGACAAGAUGCGGAUUGCCCUCUAUAAAGAAAACCGACCAGAGAUAUUUCGCGACGACUCAGUACCGGACGAGUAUGAGCUUCCAAGCGCAGGCACUGAUGCUUCCAAUGCCCAGUUCUUUCCAUCGCCGACGGCAACCUCUCAACCCAAGAGGCGUGAAUCAAUCCUUGCUAGCAUAGUCCCCUUGAACAAGGCAAUUGCCUUUUCGCGAUGGAUCUUCUACCGACCAAUUCCCACCGUGAAGGUUUGGAAGAUAGAGCUCGUUUUCCCGUCUUUGGCAAUCACGGCAAUUGUCCUGGUUGCAUUUAUCUUCGUCACAUUAUACUGCUUCGUGCCACAGCCCUUGUACUACUGGUCAAUUGCGCUGGGGUCGCCGCCGCUGGCUGUUCGGGCAGGUAUGCUGGCAGUAGCUAUGAUCCCCUGGAUUGUUGCACUCAGCACCAAGGCUAACUUUAUCACUAUGAUGACUGGCCUUGGUCCUGAGCGGCUAAAUGGGUUGCACCGCUGGUCAGCCUAUAUCUGCCUAUUCCUCAGUUUGGUUCACAUGAUCCCGUUUUACAUCACUCCGAUUUGGGAAGAUGGCGCUUUGGUCAACUACAGCGCAGGCAUCCCACCACACGCCUAUGUGUAUGGGACUGGAAUUGCAGCGCUAGUUCCUCUGCUUGUCUUGUGUAUCCAUUCUCUUCCAAUCUUUCGCAAUUGGAUGUAUGAGCUCUUUGUCUUUGUCCAUAUCCCAGUCUCGUACGUCUUUGUGGCGAUGCUUUUCUGGCACACGAGAAACUACCUGUCAUCAUGGGCCUACCUUUUCACAACCAUUGCUAUUUGGGUCAUCUCAUAUACCAUCCGGUUGUUCUACUUGAACUGGACACACCCUUUCCGUUCAUCGUUUUUAAUCGGAGAAGAGUCGGCCAUAACCAUUCUUCCGCAAAGUGCUAUUAAGGUCACCAUCCCUACAAAGAUGCGUUGGAGGCCCGGUCAGUAUGUCUACCUGCGACUGCCAAGAAUCUCUAUGAUCCAGAGCCACCCUUUCACGAUUGCCUCUCUUUGCAGCGAUGACUUCCCAUCCGCGUAUGGUGAAAAGUAUCGUGAUAUGACACUGGUUUUCCAACCAUUCCAAGGCUUCACACGCGAGGUGUUUAAAAAAACGUUAGAACAUGGCCCCUACAAAACAUACAGCGCAUUUGUAGAAGGGCCUUACGGUGGUAUGCAACGUGAGAUUGCUGCCUUCGACGACGUGGUUUUCUUUGCCGGAGGAAGCGGUAUUACCGCCAUUGCAAGCCAAUUGCUGGACCUCAUCAAGAAGAUUCGAGAUGGCAAAGCCAUCACCAAGUCGGUCAAAGUCAUUUGGGCGCUCAGAAGCCCCGAGACAAUGGAAUGGUUUCAAGAAGAACUACGAAUCUGCCGUGAAUAUGCACCUUCGAACAUCGUCAGCUGUCAUUUCUUCCUCACCGGAGUGAACCAAAACAACCAAGUUGCACGGGAUAUAGUCCAAGAGAAGAUCUACAGCAUGCUCCAGGGCAUUGACAAGCGGAACUCCGCUUACAUCCGCGAUGAAGCCGCCGGCAACCCUGAUAUAGAAAAGGAAUUGCGCCGUGAGAAUGAAGAUGGUGUCGCUGCUCUUCCCAAUGCAUACACAGCCACCCAUGCGUCCAAUACCCGUCAAUACUACCAACCUACCUUGAACCCUCAUGCCCCCGCUGCACAAAGCGGUUAUGGUAACCCGAACUUCGAUUUCGGAUUCGACACACCUCAACAUGUACCACAAAGGCCGCCUCCAGCACCUGCACCACGGUUUGCUUAUUAUCAGCCUCGUGCACGGGACCACUGGCGGACUGAUUACCUCCGCCCGGACCUCACUCAAAUGGUCAAUGAGUUUUCACAAAAAUUCGGCCGCCGUGCCUGUGUUUUCGUCUGCGGUCCACCGAGUAUGCGAGUUGAGGUCGCCAACGCUGUAGCGAAGCUGCAGCUACAGGUGAUUAUGGACUCGUCAAGAGAUGAGAUUUUUUUGCAUGCCGAGAACUAUAACGUGUAA